AUGACCGCGCUUCGCGAAGCACCCAAACAGCGCUGGGAGAUCGCUUGGCCCGAUUGGGGUGAUGCCCGAGGGUCCAUGGGAACCGCAUACGGUCGAUGUGGAAUACAACGGACGGUGGCCCUGCGCGGACACGAACAACUCCUCGCCGCCAAGGAGUACCUCCACGGUCCUGGACGGCAGCGCAAUGCGCCCCUGAGAAAAUCCGCCCGUCUCGGCGCGCUCGAGAUGGAGCGCGGCCGCGUGCAUCGGCGCACACGGGAGCGAUCGAGUUCUCAGCUGCCCGUACUGCAGAGCCCAACAACGUUCGAACGUUCCCCGUCGGCGCCAGAAGGGCACACUCAUUCAAUGGUGGCGGACACGCCAGCUACGCGAGCGAAGUGCGCUGCGCCGCGACGACAUCCCCGGUGCGAUCGUGCGUCCCGGUUCGAUGAUGAUGCAGAGUACGAACAACCGUCGCCCACGUCUAUUUCCACGAGCAGCGAAGCCAAGAAGGGAGCCACGAAGCCCGAGGCCGGAGGCAGAGCGACGCAGGAUGGUAUAGAUAAAGCCCAAACGUAA